AUGCACCGGCAGGCGUCCCGAGCCAAGGUCGAGAUGGGCGACGCAUACGAGGCUGUGCUUGACGGCAGCCCGUACGGGUUUGCGACGUCGCUGCUUCCAAUUUCCCCGAUUGAGGCGGAGCCGACACCGCUGGCGCCCGGACCCGUCUUCCUCCUCCUGUCCUUUGACGACGACGAGGAGAAGCCAAAGAUUGCCGCUUACUCCCUCGUCAACACGACGUACCGCGCAGGGCAGGCUGUGCCGGAGUUUCGGGCGCUGCAGACGCCCAUGAACCAGUGCAUCCCAUUCCCGAGCAGCAAGCACGCGCCGGCAAAGCCAUCGACACCUGCAACACAGGCACAACCAUCUACACCUGCAACACAGACAGCCAAAAGUUCCACCACCAGCACAACCAGCAGCACCGCCGCCCCUGCCACGACGGCAGCAUCCACGUCAUCUCCGUUUGGCAAGAGCACGGGUGCAACGUCGUUGUUUGGCGGCGACCAGAGCAAAGGCGGCGCGUCCCCAUUCAGCUUUGGCGGUGGCGGUGCUGAUAAGAAGGGCAGUGCAUCGCCUUUUGGGGCGGCGGCAGCCAAGCCAUCGACUACCGCGGCGGCACCAACGACGACGACGACGACGACGACGCCAACCAAGGCAACAGGUGCACUGGGCAGUGGCACGUCGCUGUUUGGCGGUGGUGACAAGAAGGACGCAAAGCCAGCGGCCGCCACCAGCCUCUUUGGCGGCGACAAGACAAAGACGCCAGCUGCUGCAACCGGUGGGUUCGCGUCUGGCUCGCCGUUUGGCGGCAAGAAGGAUGUGGCAACGGCAGCGGGCACGAAACCAUUCUCCGCCCCAACAUCAACACCAACAGCAACAACAACAACACUUGCAACACCAUCGUCAUCAUCGUCCACGGCGAGCCCUUUCAGUGGCGGCAGCAAGCUGUCGUUUGGCAAACCAUCCGCCCCGCAGUCAGCCGCAACAACAGGCGCGCCAGGUGGGUCCGUGUUUGGUGGCGACAAGGGUAAGGGCUCGCCGUUUUCGUUCGGCAGCAAGGAGGGUGCAGCCACCCCUGCCAAGGACACGAGCAAACCCCCCGCCACAUCUUCACCAGCAGCAACGACAGCAGCAACGCCAACGCCCACGGGCGGCACAGCUGCCACCGGCAUCAGCGAGAAGCCAAGCACCACGGCCCAAGGUGCUGGCAGCAAGGCGACUGACAGCGCAGCAGCGAAGACGUCGGCAUUUGGUGCCGCCACAGGUGCACCCUCCACCCCCAAGCAGACGCCUUCCACGCCGCAGCAACCACCAUCGUCCACCCCACAGCAGCCGAAACAGAAGCAGCAGCAGCAGCAGCAGCAGAAGCCACCAUCCGGCUCACCCCCUGCUCCGUCAACCGAUGCGCUUGUGGCGGCUGCGCUCAAGGAGAUUGCGGAUAUGACGGCCGUGUUGGAGCAGUCGCGUGCAGACCCGGCGGACAGCAUCCGCACUCGGCCGAGCGUCGCCGCUGCUGCCAACACGCGCGCUGUUGAUGAUCUCUACGAGCAGCUGUCUCGACGUGUGCACGACACGAAGCGCGCCAGGGCUGACGCGGGGCGGAGCUGUGCAGCCGCCAAACGCAUUGCGGAUGUGUGCCAGACGACGCAGUACAACAACAGGAGCUACGUGCGCCGCACACGCAACCGCCCCCUCACUUUUGCACAGGCCCGCGAGAUGAAGGAACUGGAACGCCUGGAGCGUGACGUGCGUCUCUCCAUUGACACGGCCCGCGCUGCCCUCGCCCCAGCAACACAGCAGCAGCAGCAGCAGCAGCGCCCAGCGCACUUUCUCGAGUCUGCUGCCGUAGUCAUGCGCAACAUCGACGCGUCGUACAGGGACCUGUACCUCAAGUACAACAAGCUGUUCACCACGAUGGGCCCCGAUGGUCCACCGCCCCCUCCCAGCGGCGGCGCUGUUGCCGCCCGCUCCCCUCGCAAGCGCGACCACCCCCGCCGCGGCGGCUACCGCGCUGGUGCUGGCCUCAACACCUCCAGGGACAGGGAUGCCCUCAUCAGCGUGCUGCGCGGCAUGAAGGAUCUCAACGUGUCUGUUGCCGCAGCGGCAGACGACUCCCUCAUCCAGUUUGAUGACGAGUCCGUGCUUGCAGGCAUUUCGGCCAUUGGCUCACGCCCAACGACAGCGGAGGACGGGACCCGCCGUCCAGCAGAGCACAUUAUGGUGUCCACCCCUCGUGCUUCUGCAGGUGCAUCCACGGGUGCAAAGACGCCAACGGCGGCGGCAACAACUGCAUCAAGUGGCGGUGGUGCUGUGAGGCCCUCGCAAGCACAGGCAACAGCAGCAAAGUCCAUGACGGCAGCUGCUACAACAACAACAGCAGCAGCCACGCCAACAAGCACCGGGUUUGGAUUUGGUGCCAAGAGCGAACAGCAGAAACCACCAACAGCAGCUGCAGCAACGGCCACCUCCGCCACUGCCGCCACUGGCUCCAAGACGGCAGCGGCAGCCGCAAUGCCGCAAGGAAGCAAGUUCUCGUUUGCAGCCAAGACAACAGCCAAGCCAUCAGGCACUCUUUCGUCCGCUGGUGCGUUUGGGGCACUGAAGGAUGGCACUGCAAGCACGACCAAGAGUGGUGCCACCACGCCGUUCUCGUUUGCAAGCAAGUCCACGCCUCCAACCACUGCUGGUACAGCCACAACAGCAGCAGCAGGAAAGCAUCAGCCGAGUGGUGAUGGCGGUGCACAAAGCAAAACUUCGUUUGGCAUGGGCAGCAAGGGCUUUGGCACAACAGCCAAGCCAGCCACACCACAGCAGCAGAACAAGGGUGAUGGGGAGAAGAAGUCGGGGUUUGGGUUUGGUGCGACCACAAGUAGUGGCGGCGGCGGUGGCGGCGGUGUGACAACGAAGGGGCCCCUCACGUUUAGUGGGGAGAGCUUUGGCAAGAAGGCGGAUGAGAAGAAGAAAGACAGGGAAGAGAAGCAGACGAGCAAGUUUGGUGGCGAAGAGGAGAAACGUCAGGAAGGUCAGGGUACUGCCGCCAAGAAUGAGGAGGAGGAGGAUGAGGCACAGCCGCCCGCCACCAGCACGGGAACUGCUGAGAAGACGGCAGCACCUGAGGAGAAGGCGAAGGAGUCGACACCUGCAACAGCAACACCAGCGGCCGCAGCCAAGCCAUCUUCGUCGCUCUUUGGCGGCUCUUCUUCUUCGUCUUCUUCUUCGAAAUCGCUCAGCUUGUCUGGCCUCAGCUUUGGUUCAGGCGCCAAGGAUGGCGAGAAGGGGAACGCGGGGACGCCGUCGCUGUUUGGAAGCAAGCCUGCAGGCACGAGCAAGGAGGAAGAUGCCAAGAACAAGGAGGAAGAGCAGAAAGAAAAGGACGUGGACAGCAAGUCUGCCACGCCCUCGCUGUUUGGACAGCAGAAGAAGACUGGUGCAGGCUCGCCCUUUGCACCAAAGCCUGCGGCAACGAAGGAGGAGGACAAGAGCAGCACUGCCGCUGCUGGUCAGCAGCAAGACAAGCAGCAGGCGGCGCCGUCGCUCUUUGGCCAGAAGCCAACGGGUUCCCUGUUUGGCCAGAAGCCGUCCACCACCACCACCAGCCCACAGCAACAGCAACAGCAACAGCAGCAACAAGGACAAGGGCAAGCGCAGAAGGCACCAGGGUCACUGUUUGGCCAAAAGCCAGGCGGCGGUGGUGCUGGUGGCUCGCUGUUUGGGCAGAAGCCCAGUGGUGCUGGUGGCUCGCUGUUUGGGCAAAAGGCAACCACACCCAGCGGCAAGGAUGCGACUGGUGCAACCCAGCAGCAACAGCAAACGGGUGGAGCAGGGUCACUGUUUGGCCAGCAGAAGCCAACGGGGAGUCUGUUUGGGCAGGGAGGCGGUCAGAAGCAAGGCGGUGGCUCCCUCUUUGGUGGACAGCAGAAGCAGACCAGUGGUGGAUCUCUGUUUGGGCAGAAGCCUGCAGGAAGCCCACAGCAGCAACAGCAGCAACAGCAACAAGGACAAGGACAGAAGGCACCUGGGUCGCUCUUUGGCGGAGGCCAGCAGAAGCAGGGUGGUGGUGGCGGCUCUCUCUUUGGGCAGAAAGCCCAGAGCAGCCCCCAACAACAGCAGCAGCAGCAGCAAGGGGGUGGUGGCGGCUCUCUCUUUGGGCAGCAGAAGCCCACUGGCAGUCUGUUUGGUAAGCAACCGGCUGGUACGCCACCACAGCAGCAACAGCAGCAACAGCAAGGACAGGGGCAGAAGGCGCCAGGAUCGCUGUUUGGUGGAGGGCAGCAGCAGCAGGGUGGGGGCGGAGGUGGUUUGUUUGGACAGAAGGCAGCAGGGUCUCUGUUCGGUGGUGGGCAACAACUGCAGCAGCAGCAAAGUGGCGGCUCGCUGUUUGGGCAGAAGCCUGCAGGAAGUCCGCAGCAGCAGCAGCAGCAGACAACACCUGGAUCUCUGUUUGGAGGUCAACAGCAGCAACAGAAGCAACCGGGGUCGUUGUUUGCACAGAGUGGCAGUGGUGGUGGUGGUGGUGGUGGUUCUCUCUUUAAGAGCGGUGGUGGCGGCGGUAACACGUCUCUCUUCGGCGGCCAGCCCCAAUCCCAAGGCAACCAGUGGGGUGCCCAGUUUGGACAGGCCGCAAAACCACCAGCUAUGGCCCAACCAAAACAAGGAUUUGCAACACCGCCGGCAUCUGGUGGAUUCUCGUCGUUCUCCGCCCAGAGCGCAUCGUUCCAGAGCCCCGGCAGCGGCGGUGCACAGCAAGGCUUUGGCGGCUUCUCCAACACGGCUGGUGGUGGUGGCGGGUUUGGCGGGCAGCAGGCGAUGCAAGGCUCGCCGUCUUCCUUCCAGUCCAAAUCAAGCCUGUUUGGUGCCGCCCGCAAGUAGACCAAGCCUGAACCCACCAUAUGCUCCUAUGUGUGUGUGUUGUGAUUGUGUCUGUGUGUGGGGAUGUAUGUGUCUGUGUGGGUGUGGGUGUGUGUGACAUGCAGAAUACACAGUGGGAGAUGAUCAUCGCCAACACAGCAGGCGGUGUUUCCUCAUCACGACAGCAUGAAAAUUUUGCCCUCUGCCGCUGCUCGUAUGUAUACCCAAAGCGCGCGCAUACACACGACAAGACACAUUACACAGCGAAGGAAGCAAACGCAGAAGCAGGCAACAACGCACCACAUCACGUCA